AUGUUUGAGCACUCGAUAAAAGUACCAAGACAUUUCAAAAUAUCUGCAAAUAUUGUAAAGAAAGUAGCCACUGAAGGUGGUAGCGUGAAAAACCUGCUAUACGACAGUAAACUCCGAUUUUUCAGAACUAAUGUCAUAUAUGCGCUCAUAACGGAAACAAUUAAACAUUCUGGCGAUGUAGACAAACUAUUUGAAGCGACGGGUAUUUUAACUAAAGAGCCACGCUUAGACCCAUGGCUGGCCAAAGUUAUCGCUACAGAAUUAAUUUUUGGCAAAAAGGAACUACCAGGUCGUAGUAAACCCGAGGAAACAAUCCUCAGCUAUAAAGAGCUAUUUGAAAAAGUACCCCUACCACCAGUUGAAGUUAAGUCUGAAGGUAAUUUUCUAUUUAUUUAUUUCAGAUAUAAAAACCUGCUUCCGGCUGCAACAAUGGCAGAAAGCACUGAAAAGGGACCCCUUAUACCAAGACAUACUCAACAAGCUGCAUAUGCAUUAGCUAUAUUAUUUUUAUACAGUAUUGCAAUGUUUACCCUGCCUUUUGUUGCAUUUUUCGGUGUUAGACAUAUUUUGUCAGAGUAUUAUCCUGUUGAUACAUUUAUGAGGACUGUCUGGUCAGUUGUAUCUGCUGUUGUUGUAGUUAAUAGUAUUAUAUUUCUGUAUGCAUAUAAGGCAUAUCAUGAAAAAGAAUAUGAUGAGCAUGGUAAUGAAAUUGACCAGCAUUCUUACCCACCAGCCCAAAAAGAAGCUGAAAAAAUCCGUCGGCCUAGGUAUGUGAGAAUCAACACUAACCUGCUCACAACCUCCGAUGCGAUUGGAGCCUUCCAAGACGAGGGUUAUAAAUUCAUACGAUGUACAUCUGGGUCUUAUGAUGACUACUUAAAACAAAUACAGGGUUUAACAGAAUAUGACUUUACCCAAGACUAUCAUGUUAAAACAAUGUUUGUAUUUCACCCAAAUACUAAGUUUCAUGAUUAUGACUUGUAUUUGGAAAACAAACUUAUACUUCAGGAUAAGGCGACAGCACUCCCUGUACACUUACUGGCACCACCUCAAGGAAGUGUGAUUCUUGACAUGUGUGCUGCUCCAGGAAUGAAGACAACUCAACUUGCUGCUUAUAUAAGAAAUCAGGGGAAGAUAUACGCGGUGGAAAGAAAUGAGCAAAGAUACGAAACACUCUGCGACUUUGUGAAUAAAACUGAGUCGAAAUGUGUAACCACUAUGCAUAGGGAUUCGUUGGACAUUAAGAAGGGGGAAUGUGACGACGCUGAGUACAUAAUAUUGGACCCGAGCUGUUCUGGUUCUGGAAUGCAACUUUCUAUCCACAACUACGUCGAAGAUGUAAGACUCGCGCGUUUAACCUCAUUACAAGAGAAAUUCUUAAAGCACGCUAUGAACUCAUUUCCAAAAGCUAAAAAAAUUGUCUACAGUACUUGUUCACUCUUCCCUCAAGAAAAUGAAAGAGUAAUUUCUAAUGUCGUGAAAUCAUCCAGAGCAAAAUGGAAAGUUUUAAAUGUUAAAGAACUUCUUAAAGGAAAUUGGAAUAAUUUUGGAUCAGGAAUGUACGGUGAGAUGGGUACCAGGUGCCUAUAUUCAAAACCAGAUUCGGAUCUAACUACUGGAUUCUUUUUGGCAGUCUUAGAGAGAGAUCCAAAACAGGAGAAACCUGAAGAUGGAACAGAUAAAGAGACUAGCAAUGUGAAAAAGGAGAAAAAGAAGCGUCCAGUUGAAGAAGACUCGGUGGCGGUCGAAGCUGCUUCUGCUGAAUUAAAUGAUGAAGAAGUGUUGAAAGAUCGUAAAAAGAAGAAAAGAUCUAAAGAGGAAUGUAAUGUACAACGUUUAUCUAAUGAUAACACAAUAAAAAAUAAGAAGCACAAGGAAGCUGACUCUGAAACAAAUGAUAAUGUCGAAGAAAAUAAGUUUGAUAAUGAGGAAAGUAAAAAGUCAAAGAAAAAAAAGAAAAAGGAUCGUGAAAAUGACUUAGCAGAAGAAAUAAAUUUUGUUCCAGAUAAUAAUGUCGACGAUUCUAUUGAAGAACAAAAGAAAAAGAAAAAACGUAAAAAUAAAGAAAACGAAGUAGAAGAAAGAAAUAAAAGCAAAGAUGUGAAUACAAAUCUUGAAAAUGACUUAGCAGAAGAAAUUAGUUUCAUUCCAGAUAAUAAUGUAGAAGAUUCAAUAGUAGAAAAAAAGAAAAAGAAAAAACGUAAAAAUAAAGAAAACGAAGUAGAAGAAAGAAAUGAAAGCAUAGAUGUGAAUACAAAUGGUGACAGUUGCGAACCUGUGAAAAAGAAAAAGAAGCGCAAUAAAGAAUGA